UUACACUGUUUUCAAUGGGGCUUGAAUUAGUGGACUGGACCCAUAUGCGAUCACCGUGGCCAAAGGCGGUGGUAUUGUUUGUAACACAUUUAGCGCAAUCCAGUCACGUGGAUGAAAAGGUCUUGGCGGGUACUCUUUGCCAACAAUUUGAGGGGCGGUGCAUAGCAUGCACCGACCACAGCCACACGCGUUGUAUGUGCUCAUGUGACUUGCACCUGACAUACUUCAACAUUGUGAGUCGUGGGUGUAAAAGUACAGUAAAAUCAUAGACCUGGAGGAGAAACGGUGUGCAGGAUCUUCGUCUUUAAAAGUAUUAAUCACAGACAAAAAUGACGGGCAUCUUUGGUUUCCAAAUUUUGGUUGCUAGUGUUUUUCUGAUAGUAGGGAUAGAUGGCCAGCUGAUGUCCCAACCUGAACAAGUUCAUCUGUCAGCCACAGGUGAUGUGACAGAAAUGAUUGUCACGUGGAGCACUUUUAAUGACACUCCAUCGGUUGUCCAGUAUGGGAAGGUGCAGCCCAGUAACAAUGCCAUAGGAUCCAGCACUAAGUUUGUUGAUGGUGGGUCACUACAUCGUGCACAGUUCAUUCAUCGUGUGACACUGACAGGUCUGGAACCAGGAACCAAGUAUGUCUAUCGCUGUGGAAGUGACGAGGGCUGGAGCCCUCUGUUUUUCUUCCCUGCGCUUCGGGAUGGUAGCAACUGGAGCCCUCACUUGGCCCUUUACGGGGACAUGGGCAAUGUGAAUCCUCAGUCUCUGGGUCGCUUGCAAGUCGGAGCACAGGGAGGACAGUAUGAUGCCAUCUUGCACGUUGGGGACUUCGCCUACAACUUCAACUACAAUGAAGGCAAAGUGGGAGAUGAGUUUAUGCGCCAGAUUGAGUCGGUUGCAGCUUACGUGCCUUACAUGACAGCAGUUGGUAACCAUGAAGUUGCCUAUAAUUUUUCCCACUACAAGAAUCGGUUCACCAUGCCAUCCUAUGAAGCCAACCAGAAUCUGUGGUAUAGCUGGAAUAUUGGACCAGUUCACUUUGUGGUGUUUUCAACUGAGGUGUAUUUCUUCCUAGAAGAUUCCAAGCAGACAAAGGUCAACCAGUUGAAGUGGUUGGAAGAAGAUCUCAAGGAAGCAAGCGAUCCAAAGAACAGAACCCAACAUCCCUGGAUCAUAACACUGGGACAUCGGCCGAUGUAUUGCUCAGACCUUGAUGGUGAUGAUUGUAACAAAAAUGGUAGCCUCGUUCGAGCGGCUUUGGAGGAUUUAUUUUACAAGCAUGGUGUUGAUAUGGAGAUCUGGGCUCAUGAACAUAACUAUGAGAGACUGUGGCCAGUCUAUCGUGAAAAGGUUUACAAUGGCAGUACAGAGGCACCGUACACAAAUCCUAAGGCACCUGUGCACAUCACCACUGGGUCAGCGGGGUGCCAAUCGCGCCAUGAUUUGUUCUCUCAUCCAAGGCCAUGGGAUGCUUUCCGAGCCCUUGACUAUGGUUUCACAUUGAUGCAUGUGAUCAACGGAACCCAUCUGACCUGGCAACAAAUCUCAGAUGAUCAGCAUGGGAAAGUGAUUGACGAAGUGCUGCUCAUCAAAGACAAGCAUGGCCCAGAAGCCUGGCUGUAAUCACGGGAGCAGUUUUACUGUUUGGAUUUCUGUUCUUUGUUAUUGAAAGUGGAUAAAUGCUGAAUGCCAUAAUUUACUCCAUAUGUAUACAUGUAUAGCAUUGAUUUGAAUAUGUACUCCUAAAGCAACUCGACCCCUUGAUCAAUAAUUUUUUGUGGCAUUUUGUAUUUACAUUUGAAACCAUUUUUAAUGAGAUCACUCUGUUUUUCAAGUCGUGUGCUUUGCACUGUAUGUGAUGUAUAGUUUUUAAAAAAAUUCUGAAAUUUGUCCUAUUGCCAAAUUGUUGACUGCAAUAACUUUUCAAAAUAUGUGCUAAUUGAUAAUCUUGUUGUGUGUUUUAUAGUCAAAUGAUGACACUUUUUGUAUACAAAUUAUAGAUAUAUAAAGAUAUAUAUAAAGCGUACAAAACAGUUUUAAAAUGUGUUUAAUUGCAUGUAAAUGGAUCUUGCCCAAGAAUAAAUCUAAGACAUACAUAAAUCAGGAGCGGAGCCAGGAUUUUUGACGGGGGGUUCAGGAAAUUUUUGUUUGCCGGGGGGGGGUUCUGAAUGUAGUAGUCUCCGUUUUGAAGCCAUUUAAGAUCUUGUUGUUUUGUCCUUAAGCAUGCAUGCAAAUUAAGGCCCCUAGGUGAUAGGGGGUCUUCUAACCUGUAGAUUUAGACUCCGUACAAAAAAAAAUCCGGCGAUGGGGGUUUGGGGUGGGAUCCUCUGCAUGACAAAUUGUAUUUAAAUUUUGAAGCUAUUCCACAGUACUUGUUGAGAUAUUAUACUUGUUUAGUACUUUCAUAUUUUGUUAUAUACUUUUACAUGUAUAACAUUGCAGGAUACUGCUUAAAACUAUAAAUUUUCAAUUUUACAACACCAAAGACCCUGGAUGCAACACUGAAUGCUCACUGAAAGUGGGGUGUAAAUGGAACUUGGUUUUGCUUUUUGUUUGUUUGUAUUUCGUCUUUGAAAUUCUAAACUUUACCCAAAACACUAUCAUAAAAAAAAACAAGAACACACAGUCUCUAGUUUCUUGGUUUAUAUAACUUUUAAAACAGAGACUUGUAUCACUCAGCCGUGAGUAUGUAAAAAUGGCUCUUUUUGAUUUUGCAAUAAAACCAAAUUACAAUAAAUUACAAGUGUGUUAUUUUUGUAAAGUUGAUAAAAAUAUGGAUCACAGUUAACCAAGUGAAAGUAAAAUAAGCCCUGAAAUUUUUUGUAUGACAAAUUCUUAGUGUUGAAGUUUAGUUUUUGGCUCACAUCUUUUAUUUUGAACUUGAAUAGUUUGUGUAAUAUACAUGUACCAUAUUUGAUAAUUUGAUGUUCGGUGAACACCUGUACCGACUGAGAAAUACGCAUUAUAAUAUAGGUGACUAAAAUUUGUUGGAAGGGGGCGCAAU